CUCACGUCAAAAGUCAUUCUUAUACCAUCCUUUCUCAUAUUUUUAAUACUAGUCAUUAGAGUAAUAGGGUUUGGCUUUAUCCACACGAAUUUUGCCCAACUGAACCCAAAACGAGCACAGAGGGCUAGCAAUGGCAAGGCAUCGCAGCAGCCGCAGCCGCAGCCGCAGCCGCAGCCGCAGCCCCGUCAGGAAAAAGCGUUACGACGACCCCCGCGAUAGGCGCCAUGAACGGCUCUCGCCGGUUCCCACCGGCCUCCUCGUUCGAAACAUUUCUCUUAGCGCCAGGCCAGAGGACCUUAGGGUUCCUUUUGAAAGAUUUGGACCAUUAAAGGAUAUAUAUUUGCCAAAAAACUACUAUACAAGGGAACCACGUGGCUUUGGAUUUGUCAAGUUCCGUUAUCAUGAAGAUGCAGCUUUGGCAAAAAGCCACUUGGAUCGUACGGUUAUUGGUGGACGUGAAAUAAGGAUUGUAUUUGCUGAGGAGAACAGGAAAACUCCUCAAGAAAUGCGUAGGGUUUCACGUUUCCCGCGGAAGCUACAGGAGAAGAAGCAGGUCAUCUUCUCCCAGACGCCGAUAUCACUCUUAUUCACGCUCACCUUCUCCAGCAAGACAUGAUUCAAGAUCUUAAUGGACAGAGAGACAUAAAGCAUUCCAGAAUAGUAUGACAAAUGAGAAAAAAGCAUCCUAGAGUACUUGCUUUUUGUUUUGUGGAGGCAACUCCAGAAGUUUCUAAUUCCAAUUGUCACCAUGAAAAACCUUCAAGUUCUGGGAAUUAUGUGUCUUACAUUGGAUGACCGACUUGUUAAAAGAAUGAAAGAAUCUAGAGGUUAUAUCUGGCCAAAGAAAGAAAUCAUCUUCAAAGUCAAAGAGCAAAGCCUUUCAAAGUUAUUACUGUUUGAAGUGAAAAAGCCAAAGAAAAGAUAGUAAAGAGAUUUGUAAUGUUGGGGGCACCAACAGCUUUGAAGUUUUCUGAUGCUGGUGUACCUGUUCACUGCUGUAAAGCGUUAUGCCCUUAAAGUAUCUAGGUUGGCUCACAAAAUUCUGAAAAAGAAUUCAGGUAAACGUUCAUGCAUCGGUAAUUAGGUAUCUCGAGGGAGCUUCUCUUGUUUCAUCAUGCCUUUGUACUGUUCAUUCCGUUUCUUGACUUAAAAGUGUUUUAAACUGAAUAUGGGGCCUCUAUAAUGUGUUUCUUCUUGGUUUAUUUGUUUUAUUUGAAAAUUGCAGCAACUAAUUACAUUCUUUUGAUGACCCUUUCUGUUUCGUAGAGAUAGGAGACGUAAAGCAAGGGUUGAUUACUACUCUCCACAGAGAUCGAGAUCUCUGUCGAGAUCAGUUUCUCCUAGGGAUGAGAAAAGGUAUAGAUCUCGUGAGAGGUCCCAAAGGCAUUCCAGGUCUUUAUCCCGUUCAGUUUCUCCACAUGAUGAGAAAAACCACAGGGUUCACGAGUCUCCAAGGAGGAAAUCCAAAAGUCCAGCUAGAGCUCGUUCUUUAUCCCACAGUUCUCGUUAAAGGCUCAUUUGAUCGUGUUGCUACAUCUCUGGACUUGUUAUUGCUGCUUUUCGUGGAUGAUACCACUUCCCAAAAGAAUUUGGUAAAGUUUGCUUAGCGUGGGACACAACCUUGUUGCUAUUGCUUAUGUUGGCUGUAGGUGGAUAAUUGAUGUGAACCAGUCGAUGACGAUUUAUCUAGGUGUUAAUAUGAUUACUGUUAUUUGGUAAUUUGCUAUAUUUGAAGCUUACUAUUUGUGACCGGUAAUGGAGAAUGACAUAUUUGACACAUUUUUUUUAAAAAAAAAAA